AUGCACCGUGCUGUUGCCUUGCCAGCACCUGAUGUGCGCACAGGCGAGGCAUCGGCCAAGUAUGCACGGGCAGCACCAUCGCACCACGGCACAGGUGUGUUCUCAUUCGUGGCAUAUGGCUCCGAGGCACGUGGGGGGAGCUAUGGCCAGGUGCUUUUGUUGCUGCGAGCACGCAAGGCCAGGGACGGCCCUGGCUCACCGUUGCACGAGGUGGCUUAUAUAAAGCCAUGGAAGGAGCUCGGCGUGGACGACAUCACAGGAUGUGUGAAGCUGGAGGCAAUAGGGGAUGCCGAGGCAUGUGUUAUUGUUCCGGUAGCCCACCUUAGGCGUGUUGAGCACAUCGUGAGGUCUGAUAUCGACGAGGUGAAAUUUGGGAUGGGGACAGGCGGCGGAGAUCUCGAGGCGGAGUUGGCGGAGAUCGGCGCGCAGCUGGAGGCGGUGGCGGCUGUGCGCGACGACCUGCGCGCGGCGGUGCAGCGAAUGGACGGGCUGACGCGGCAGCUGCAGUCGGACCUGCUGGGCGUGCAUCGGCGGCAGGAAGGCGCAGUGCAGCAGGCGGUGCAGAAGGCGCGGGAGAGCGUGCCAAAGCUGCAGGCGGCGUAUGCUGAGCUGGCAGCAAUCAUUGCUCGCCGCCCGGGCGAGUUCUACAGGUUCAGCGACCACUGGCGCAGUCAAAACCACACGGUGGUGUCCCAGCUGGCGUUCGCUCAUUGGCUGGACUCCGGCACGCUGCUCUCGCACAAGCAACUUGAGGAGCAGCUACAGUUGCCCGCAGCAUCAUUCAGCAUCGACCUAGAGGACUAUCUCACCGGCCUCUGCGGUCUCUCAAAUGAAUUCCCGCGCUUUGUGAUGAACAGGGUGACAGCGGGCGACUACGCUGUCCCGCGAGUGGCGGCCGCCUUUCUCAACGAUCUCUUCGCUGCGUUUCGCAAGCUCAACCUGCGCAACGACAUGCUGAGGAAGAGAUUCGACGGUAUCAAGUACGACCUGAAGAAGGUGGAGGAGGUGGUGUAUGACGUGGAGAUACGAGGGCUGGCGAGAACAGCAGCAGAGCCCAUGCAAGAUGCAUAG